GAUCAUAAAUGCAUAGUUAUUGAUCGGAAAUGGACUUUAACACUUGUGGUAUUUAGAAGCUUUACAGAUCUUAUUUACCUGCUUAACAUGCUUCUUCAGUUCAAGUUGGCUUAUAUAGCUCCUGAAUCUCGAGUGGUUGGUGCUGGGGAGUUAGUUGACCAUCCAAAAAUGAUUGCUAUAAAUUACCUUCGUGGAUACUUUUUAAUUGACUUGUUUGCAGUAUUACCGCUUCCACAAAUCGUGAUUUUAUCAGUCCUACCAAGGAAUUUGGGAGCAUCUGGGGCAAAUUAUGCAAAAAAUCUUCUACGUGUAGCAAUUCUUGUUCAGUACAUUCCCAGAUUGUAUAGAUUUCUCCCUCUGCUUGCUGGUCAGUCACCACGUGGUUUUAUAUUUGAGUCAGCAUGGGCAAAUUUUGUCAUAAAUCUUCUAACGUUCGUGUUGUCUGGCCAUAUUGUUGGAUCACUCUGGUACCUCUUUGGAUUACAGGGACUGUUUCUUGCAUUCAGAGGGUUAAUCAGUGUCUCCAAGAUGCCUGUGAUAACUCUCAAAUCGGCAAUUGUAAAGAAGUUAUUGAUUGUGGGAUUGGACAUGGCAAUUCUUCUUCGUUGCAAGGGUGGAAUAAUUGGACUACCAAUGCAAACGCUAAUGCCUGUUUUACUGAAGAUGGAUUUGACUACGGAAUAUACAUUAAAGCUGUCAACCUUACUGCACACGAAAAUAUCACUACCAGAUAUAUAUACUCUUUGUUUUGGGGGUUCCAGGUAAUAUAUAUCUUAAUUUUGGCCAUCCACACUGAGUGCACUUAUUAUGUUUUCAUUGUUUAUAUGCUGUGUGCAUUAGUUGUUAUAAUUUUUCAAAUUAACAACAAAUGUAAACGGGUUGAAGAAAAGAAACAACUAGAACAGACUUGCAUAGUGCGCUUGGUAAGGAUUGAGAAACUGCAUUGUAUUCCCAUUUCUGAUGCUUAAAAUAUUUGUUUUUAGGAAGCUUAAGGGGAAAGAUUUAUCUUGG